GUGUGUGAGAGAGAGUGUGUGUGAGAGUGUGAGUGAGUGAGAGAGAGAGAGCGUUCAGUCCUGAUGCUGGGGCCUCCAUCAUGGCGUCGAUGCAGAAAAGGCUUCAGAAAGAACUGUUGGCCUUGCAGAACGAUCCGCCUCCUGGAAUGACUCUGAAUGAAAAAAGUGUACAGAAUACAAUAACACAGUGGAUUGUAGAUAUGGAAGGAGCCUCUGGUACUCUUUAUGAAGGAGAAAAAUUUCAGCUGCUUUUCAAAUUCAGUAGUCGAUAUCCCUUUGACUCGCCUCAGGUAAUGUUCACAGGAGAUAACAUACCCAUCCAUCCUCAUGUUUAUAGCAACGGCCACAUCUGCCUGUCCAUUUUAACAGAGGACUGGUCACCAGCGCUCUCAGUGCAGUCAGUCUGUCUUAGCAUUAUUAGCAUGCUCUCCAGCUGCAAAGACAAGAGGCGGCCUCCUGAUAACUCCUUUUAUGUACGGACAUGUAAUAAAAAUCCAAAGAAGACAAAAUGGUGGUAUCAUGAUGAUACAUGUUAAUAUUAAACUUUGUAAUACACUUAGAAGAAAGAAGUCCUCCUGACAAAAAUAAGCACUUUUUUAAUCAUUAAGUCUUUGGACUCUGGACCCUGAACUGGAAAAUAUGGACUGCAGAUGAUCCGGAAGAUCUGACCUGUUAUGAGAAGGACAGUCAGAUGCAGAGUGCAGAUUUGCAAAGGUUAGAAUAAUGAUGUUGCAAAUAAGCAAUGGAAAUACACAUAAAUGGGAUUGAUUUCAGCAGGAAGUCGUUUCAUGCAGUGAGUCUUUUCUUUCUGGGGGGAUAGUGAGGUUAUUCCUUUUUAAAUCUAUGUAUUAUUGUAUGGUUUCACUUUGUUUUAUGUAUUGAUUAUGUGUCUGUUGUGCAAUACUGAUGGAAAUCCAAAUCAUGUGGAUUGUCUGGAAGAGAUUUUAGCUUUAAAGGGGAAUUCCAUCCAUUUUUUUAAAGUGUCUGCAUAAUUCAGUGGUUAAGAUGUAAACAAAGUUAUUCAGAAUAGUUGAGUGGUCCGUUGUAGAGACUCAGAUUUCUUUACAGUGGUGGUGAUAGGAACUAUAUGUCUACAAGACAUACAAAGCCAUUUUAUUUACUGUCCAAAACCCCAAGUGAACCUACACGUGUCUUCUGAAUUUUUGCAUGUAAUGUUGAUGAUGGUAAAAUAGUGGUAAAUCCAUAAUAAGUUUUCUUUGGGGCCCGGUUUGCUUCUCAAUGCCCUUCAUGUACUCUUCCAACAGUCCUGACUAUACAAGUUUCUUUAUAAUUGAGCAUUUCACACCAAACCACUCUGAAAGACUUUGUUUACAUCUUAUUCAUUUAUUUAUGCAAAAAUUUUUAAGAUUUUGUGGAAUUCCCCUUUAAAAUCUAGAGGAUG